UGGCAUGUUGAUGCGGUGGGUCGUGAUUUUUACGCUGCUCUCGGCGAAAACGUUUGAACUCUUAAGUGGAAUCAGUGGGGACGCACGGUCGUUGGUUUGAUUCAAUCGCCAGGCGGCAUCUUCAGAUGAUGUUGGUGCAUCUUGCGUGUGCGGGAUUAAUUGAUGCGUAAUCUGGGCGGCUUUUCGGUUUCCCAAAAAGAAAAGGGGGAAGUUAUCAGCCAUCAGAGGAAGAGAGACGGUCGGAGCUUCUGUCUUGAUGACCCUUAAUGUGAUGAAAUGUAAAUGUGCAGUUAUGAUUCAUCCAGAACAGUGAAGUGAACGUAAUUGGAUCCUCGAGUACGGGAGAGAAAAAAAAUCAAUCGUUUCAUAAAAGGGUUAAAUCAGUGCGUGCUGCAGUUGAACCGAAACCGACUGAAGAACAUCAUUUGGUUGAGCAUCAUUCUGCAUCAUCGAUAGGUGCAAUGAAAUUGAACUAAUUGUUCCAAUAAGCACUCGAGAAAGCACGAAUGGUGAAUCGGGCAGGUCGGGAGUUCCAAAGUGGUGAGCGCGUGCUUUUGUGCGAAACACAAAACAAAAAUCCAAAAGCUGAAUAAUUUAACGUGAAAAUUGCAUUCAAAUCGACGUGAUUGUGAUUCUGAUGAUGCUGAUGAUGAUGAAUUCAUGAAGAGCUUGUGUGAAAAGUUCAGUUGGAUAAAAGUAUGAUAAAGUGUUAUGAAGUACGAGAAGCAGCAGCGGCUGGCAGUGAUUGCAAUCAACAUGAUAAUCGUCCGGAGAGAGUAAUUUGAUUCGAACCAAUAACGGAUUAUCCCUUGUGGCGAAGGACGGUUUUUUGCGUUCCUAUUGCCUAAUGUUACUGGUGGUGCUGUUGAUCCAGCUAGGACUUGAGAGAUAGAAAAAAAAGAUGGUUGUCAAGGUGCUGCUGCUGAAUAAGAUCUGCAAGGAACCCGGAUUAUAAGCGGAAUUUUUGCCAUCAUAAGGAAUCAUCCGGCACGGGUCCUCCGCUAGCAAGAAAUCCAUAUGGUAACGAUGAUGCAGGAAGAAAAAACAACUACACCCAAAGGAAACGGGGACUGUGUCGGCAGCUAAAAAUAGUCCUCUCCCAGGAGGAUGAGGUACCAACUUCUGAACUGAAAGUCGUAAAUUUGGCAGGGGAUGUAAAAACGUGUUUUUCCGAAUCGUUUCAACUUUGCCGUGUUGCAGUGCACCCAUAAACUAAUUACAUAAUUGAAGGAAUCUUGCCAGGGAAGAAGUGUUAAAGGAUUUCGUGUAAUUUAGUGAUGGCAGUCUGAAUAAACAUUUACCGGUAAAGUUACCUUCCACAAGCAAGAAGUCAAAAAGCGAGGAGCAACUCAUGCAAAUCGGUGCCGUUGGGAAACUAUCGAAAAGAGAUUACAAGCAACCGGCAUACAGAAGCAAUUAAAGGAAUUGGACUUGAGAGAAUUAAGGGCGAGCACGUGAUCGAAUUCUCCGCAAUCAAGGGAAAAAAACUCCCCGACUUUAGAAUUAUGUGAAUCGUUGCUAUUGAACCUUGAGACAAACGGCUACGGCGAAAGUGCCGAACAAAGACAAUCCAACGACGUCGGAUGCACUUGAGAAAAUUGAAAACAGCGAUUUGACCUUUUCGGGGUCGACCGUAGACAAUGGGCAUUCCGGAGCGUAAAUAGCGAAAGUGAUUAAUUUUUGAUCGCGCGGAAUACGAACGACAUGUUCGAGGAAGUGGAAAAUUGAAAACGAAGAUUCGUAGCCGUAGAAAAUCGAGCAACUACUGAUUCGUGUAAAUAUUUGAGAAACACCGUCGUCAUCUCAAGUGGAGAAUAUCUCGACCGGUACAAGAUGACAGCGAACAGGAUGGAACUACUGCAGGCACUGUUUCUAAUCACGACUGUGACAAUCUGUCGAUCGAAAGCCAUGGAGUACCCGAAAAUCACGGAACACCCCCUGGACGUGAUAGUGCCCCGGCACGAGCCAACCACCCUCAACUGCAAGGCGGAAGGCAUCCCGGCGCCGGCCAUCACCUGGUACAAGGACGGCGAACCGAUCAAAGCGGAACAGGGCUCGCAUAAAAUUCUGCUGCCCGCGGGGGGACUGUUCUUUCUGAAGGUCGUGCACUCACGUCGCGAAAGCGACGCCGGAGUCUACUGGUGCGAGGCCCGCAACGAACUCGGAGUGGCCAGAAGCCGGAACGCAACGCUGCAGGUUUCAGUGUUGCGCGAGGAAUUUCGACUGGAACCCACGAAUACCCGAGUGGCACAAGGAGAAACGGCUCUGCUGGAAUGUGGGCCACCGAGGGGCUAUCCGGAACCGAUGGUGUUCUGGCGUAAGAACGGGCAAACGAUGGAUUUAAGCACCUCGAAACGGAUUCGAAUCGUCGACGGUGGCAACCUAGCGAUCCAGGACGCCCGCCAAUCGGACGACGGUCGGUAUCAGUGCGUAGCGAAAAACAUUGUAGGCAUCCGAGAAUCCACAGUUGCAUUCCUGCGUGUACACGUGAAACCGUUUCUGAUUCGAGGCCCUCAGAACCAAACGGCAGUGGCCAGCAGCUCGGUGGUAUUCCAAUGCCGCGUCGGUGGUGAACCAGUACCGGACGUCCUGUGGAGACGCUCAGCAUCCGGCGGCAAUAUGCCUCUAGGUCGCGUUCACGUCCUAGAGGAUCGGAGCCUUCGGAUCGAUGACAUCACCGUCGAGGAUAUGGGCGAGUACAGUUGCGAGGCGGACAAUGCCGUGGGGUCGAUUGUCGCUUCUGGGAGUUUGAUCGUUUACUCCCCGCCAAGCUUUGUCGUACGACCAAAGAACCAAAUCGUUGAACUUGGUUCGGAAGCCCUGUUCGAGUGCCAAGCUACGGGCCAUCCAUUUCCAACACUGUUCUGGUCCUUGGAGGGCAAUCGUACUCUGUUGUUUCCGGGAAAUGUCUACGGUGGGAUCGAAGUGACCGAAAAUGCCGAUGGAACCAGCAUCCUGUCGGUUUCAAACAUCGACCGAAUAGACAAUGGGAAGGUGAUUGUAUGUAGUGCGGUGAACAGUGUUGGCAGUGUUAGCACUCGAGUGGUGCUCAGUGUAAAUUUACAGGACGAUCGACCACCACCGUUGAUUCUACAAGGCCCCGUCAAUCAAACGCUUCCAGUGAAAUCCGUGGCCAUUCUUCCGUGCAAGGCCUCCGGUACUCCUACCCCAGUGAUGUCCUGGUAUCGGGAUGGAAUCCCGGUUCUGACAUCCGCUAGAAUCAACAUUACCGAUUCGGGAACGUUAACCAUAUCGGACUUGAACAAAAACGACGACAGUGGAUUGUACACCUGCGUAGCUAGCAGCAAAUCCGGUAAAUCUACGUGGAGCGCUUCGCUGAAGUUGGACCCUCCAACGAAUCCAAACAUCAAAUUCUAUCGCGCACCGGAAGCAUCGACCUUUCCGGGACCUCCCGGAAAGCCACAAGUGACGGAUGUAUCGGAAAGUACGGUGACGAUUUCCUGGGUAAGGAGUAAUGCCGUUGGGGCUUCCAGCUUGGUGGGUUACAUUGUGGAGAUGUUUGGUCGGAACGUAACCGAUGGGUGGCAAGAAAUGGCCAACCAGAUAGUGGACAGCAGUUACACUCAGAGAGGGUUGGGUCCAGGCGUGACGUACUACUUUGUCGUUCGAGCGGAAAAUGCGCAUGGGAUUUCGCUGCCGAGUUCCAUGUCGGAGCCGAUCCUGGUUGGGAUGAACGAAGUCAACUCCGGACUGGACAUGAGUGAAGCUCGGGCCAGUUUGCUCUCCGGUGACGUUGUGGAACUGGUCAAUGCCACUUCGGUGGACUCGACAACCAUGAAGCUUGUUUGGGAGAUCAUCAACGGUAAAUACGUGGAAGGGUUCUACAUCUACGCUCGUAAUCUGGAUGAAGAUUCCGAACGAUCGUACAAGGUAUUGACUGUGUUGAACGCGGGAAGUGUAUCUUCCUGCACGGUGAGCGGCCUGCACAAGUUCACCGAGUAUGAGUUUUUCAUCGUUCCAUUCUACAAGACGGUGGAAGGGAAGCCGUCCAAUUCGAGGCUGUCCAAAACAAUCGAGGAUGUUCCAACUGCACCACCAACUGCCAUGGAAGCUCUGCUGCUGAACUCGUCUGCCGUGUACUUGAAGUGGAAGUCGCCUCCUUUCGGAUCCAUCAAUGGAAUGCUUCAAACCUAUCAGGUGAUCGUCCGGGGACUGGAUCUUCGAUCCAACUACACAAAAGUUCUCAGCAACGUUACGAUUGACGCUGGCUCACCAAAUCUGCUGCUGGCGAACCUGACGGAAGGUGUAACCUACACGGUCAGCAUUGCGGCGGCAACCAACGCCGGCAUGGGCCCAUUCAGUAGUCCUGCCACACUGCGGUUGGAUCCGGUAACGAAGCAGCUGGAUCAGACUUCGCAUCGCUAUCCGAUCAAUCAUGACAAUAUGGAUGACAUUCUGACCAAACCGUGGUUCAUUGCCGUUUUGGGAACGAUCCUGGCACUGAUGAUGCUUUCGUUUGGAGCGAUGGUAUUUGUCAAGCGGAAGCAGAUGCUGAUGAAGCAAUCGGCGCUGACGGCUUUGAGAGGUCAUCACGGCACCGGUGUCCUCAAGUUCCCAUCACUCCCGCAGAACAACGACGGCUUCUGGACAGACCCGUCCGGUAUCUUGUGGCGUCCACCCCGUCCCAAGGAUCACAUCCAGGACUAUGCUCCGGUUUGCACAGCUCCCACCCUUCCCGUGGAUCAAAACAAUCACAAUCGGUACGUUGGAAUUGAUUACAAUGAGUACCCAAGCGAUUACGCCGAAGUCUCGUCCUUUCAACCGAACGUGCCAAACAGCAACACCUUGUUGGGUGAUAAUGGCAGUAAAGCGCCAUCGGAAUACAGUGGGACCCGUUCACCUGCUCCGUACGCGACGACCACUCUGAUAGGCAACUCAAGAUUUAUUACGACCUCCUCCCCGAGUGGGGCCAACACCUUGGACAAUCUCCAUCAUCAGCAGUCGGCCUAUGGUAGCAUGUACUACAACACUGAUUCCUACCCGGUGACCGGUUCGAGUAACGGUAACAGCGAAAACGGAGGUCUCCUGCUUGGCAACGGUGGUGCUGGAUCGGGUAAUUACGGUCGCAACGUGUACUCGGAGUCAUAUUUCAAUCCGGGUGAGAAAAUCAAUAUCACCGAGAAUAAGCUGGCCUCGUUGAACAACAACAGUUCCGUCUCUGCCGUCAGCGGUAAUGGGGGCUAUCAAUUGGUGCCGAACCACAGCGGAAGCAGCGCCAGUAGCAGUAGUAGCAGUGCCGGCGGUGGAGGACGAUCGGAAAUGACCAAAAUCUUCCAUCCGAGCCUUUCGGUGCCGCACACUCCUUUUGGGACGAUCAGAAAAAAUCGUCUGAAAUUAGCCCGACCUCCAAUCAAUAAUCUGAGGAUUAACUUCGGGGCGGCUGCCAGCAGUACCGGCAGUGGGGAUGCUGGAAAUGAAUAUGGUAAUCAACAUCACCACCAGCAGCAGCAACAGCAACAACAGCAGCAGAAUCACAAGAAGAAAAUGUCCUCGCUCAAUAAUUUAGGAACGAAAGAGCAGUUGUACAUAAAGAUAGGGGAAACGAAUCCAAGCAACAACACCACCAACAGUUGGAAUGGUCAUCUGGCCAAUAUCUACCAGAACGCAGCUUCGGAGUCUUUGGCGGUGAAGGCUCCAUCGACGACGACAGCUGGGGAGGGGGAAGCCGUGUACCACCCGACCGGCAACCGCAGUGUCAUUAGCUAUCGGUCCGCCUCCGAGUACGGUGAUGGCGUUUGAGAACGGCGUCCUAGCAGCAGCAGCAGCAGCAGUAGCUUUGGGUUGACUAUUUAUAAUAACUUAUUCUGAUGCAGCCGUAGCCAUAGAAGCAGCAGCAGUAUCGCAGAAUGAACGUUUAUACCAGAAGACUGAGUGUGAUUUUGCGGAAAACGUUGGUGUUUGCUUACCACCCCCUGCCUCCCACACAAUCAUCAUCCCUUUCACGCAUCGCUGCCCUGUAAAUGUGUAAUGAAUAGAUAGGUAAGGUUCAAUUGGGUACCACCAUGUCGGUGCACGAUGUGUUGUUUUCCUUUGACUUUUGCCACCUGUAAAUAAUGCAUGUCGGAGGAGUUUUCGCUGGCCCAGCCGAUGUGUGCAUGCGAGCUGGAAACUUAAAACCGAAAUCGAUGUACAUAGUUGACUAUAAAUCAAGACUGAUCACAAUACUUCCAUUUGGUGCAGCAGCAGUAUCAGGUAGGAUUGUUUCGAAGAUUGGACUGGUGGUCGUCGUGUAUGUGUCGGGCAAAGGAAGAAUUUAUGAAAAUAGGAAGCGUCAGAUGGGGAAGUUGAUGAUGGAAUAUUAAAGCAAGGAUGCGAAAAGUCGAGUUGGCGAAUGUAAGUUUAGACGGUGCUUGUGUUAGUCAGCACAGCAAAAGAAAUUAACCAAGCAGUUUCAAACCGAUUAAAGGAUGUCUUAUCGGUUAUGCCUGCUAUUCUGCCACUAUUCGCAUAACAGUCUCAUUUUCUGUGGAUUUCCUAUCUACAUGGGACUUUGAUGCGAAUUGCGGCAGUUUAGAUCAUUGUAUUUGAUGUACAAAGCAUUAUUUAGACCUCUGUACCCAAGUAACACAUUCUGUUUUUUGAGGGUUCUGUGACCAUGAUUCCGACAUGAAGAAUGCUAUACAACCUUGAUAAAACUUGCAAUGUUGCUUGGGUAUAGCGCUCUCAGCAGUUUAACGACCAUGUACUCUUGAGUUUUUAUUAGUUAAUUAUUUUCAGACAUUUGAAAGUUAAGGCUCAGCUCAGCAAGCUUAGAAUUCUGUUUGAUGUUUGAUGUGUGAUGCCCAGCUCCAGUAAAACAUAAAGAAUAUAGAAUACUUGGUAUUCUAUUUUACUGAGUUUAAGUCAUUCUCCGCAAACUUGUUAUUUUGCGGUAAUUUCUGUACUUCCUACUACCGUGUUCAGUGGUUUGUCGCAAAAGCUAAUGAUCAUCAUCAGGUUUAUUGAGAAGAGCUGAAUGUUCGGUAAUUUUUUAGAUUUACAAUUUGAAAACUGUUAAACAAAUUACCGAACAGGGAAACCGUGAUUAAGUGUGUAGCCUACGAUAAGUGGCAAGUCAAAGAAAGAGCGUACACAAACAUUCGAUCUCUCACUGAGAGAUGAUCCCAUACCACAUGCUUUCGCUCACUUUCUAGGUGAUCUGAGUAGCCGCUACAAUAAGUUUCUAUAACCGAUUUGCGACAAGCGUGAUGUAGUAUCUGAAAGUGUCCAAAUACGCCAGUUGCGACGGUGCUUCGUGCACUGAACAUAAAGGUUGACUAAAAGUAAAUUGGUACGCACCAAAAGACCUGUAAUUCGCUAUUCAAUAAGUUUAAAAAGCC